AUGGAAGACUCGAUCGAAGAGAUCAACAUGAGGAGCGGGAUUGCAGAUGCGCUGUACCAGGGAGACAUUGUUCUCACAAAGGAGCAGCAGGAACAGAUCGCUGCUGAUAUUGGCGGAGCCCGCUCUAGAAGGCAAGCUUUUGAUGAUCAAGGUUGGCCUGCAAAAAGAUGGACAGAAGGAGUUCCUUACAUGUUCGACAUAUAUAGUCCAAUAACAGAAGAAGCCAAAAAUGCUUUCAAGAAGGCAGUGAAAUUAUGGAUGGACGAUACAUGCAUUAACUUCACAGAAUACGAAAUGCCGAGGAAAAUGGGCAUGAAAACCUCCUUACCCAAGUCCGGCUAUCUUGUUGUGUACGAAGGAAGCGGAUGUGAAUCGAAUGUUGGUAAAGUGAAAGACUCAGGCCCACAGCUCCUGUCACUCGGUGAAGGUUGUGGAACGGUAGGUGCUUAA